GCUCCACAUUUUUUCUUCGCAUAUUUUCAUACUCUUAAAAACGAUGGUUUGGAACCAAGUCGUGUCAAAGGUGCUCGGAUACUUCUCAAUCGGGUGCUGGCUCGUGGUGUUUGCCCCGCAGAUUUAUGAAAACUACAAACGCAAAGGCGGCGACGGCGUAUCGCUACUGUUCCUGUAUAUCUGGAUUCUCGGCGACAUUAUCCACUACUACAACUAUGCCAAUCGGCGGCGCGCUCAGACACUGGACAGCGGCGGCCGUCGAAUGUGCAUCACUGCCACUGCCCAUGCCACCAGAGCCACCAGCAUGAUGAGCCUCAACAGCAGCAAAGGGCAUGCGACUAGUAGGUCGGCACUGACGAUGCCGGCCAUGUUCCCGAUUAUUGCAAUCAUCUUGAGCCUUGUUUCUGGCACUGUGUCAUUGUCAAAGCCAGUCAAGAUCCACCCGUUCUCGCAGGCUAUGGGGUACAUCUCUGCCGUGCUGUUCCUUGGCGCCCGCAUCCCGCAGAUUAUCAAGAACUACCGCAAGAAAUCGUGUGAAGGGCUGUCGAUCGGCAUGUUCAUUUUUUCGAUCCUUGGUAAUGUGUCGUUCACCAUGUCGUUGAUGCUAUACUCGCUUAACAGCGACUACAUUCUGGCAAACAUCCCGUGGAUCCUCGGCAGCACCGGCACGCUGUUCUUUGAUCUGGCAAUCUUCCUGCAGUUCUACUGGUACCACGGCAGCAUUGAGCCCUGUGAGAGUACAUAUGCCAGCGACGCCGAAGUCUAG